AAAUUACAUCACAGUGUCCUCAUUGCUCAAUCUUCUAGCAAUCUGGCUUCAACCGUUCGCGGCAGACUCUCACAGCAAGAUCCCGUGUCUGGCGAUCACCUUACUACAUACUCACUGGAAGAUCUACAGAAAAAUCCAUCAUACAGAGCGACGCCAUUAGAUAUUAAAGCAACAGUGAAAUUAAAAUGAUCUCUCGGCAUAUUGCGGUCUGAAUAAUCGAAUUCCUUCUCAAGUACAGGAAUAAGUACUACUACCGUCUAGUUACCAGCCUGAGCCAUGGCGUUUCGGAGAUCAGCCCUAGAUGAUCUUCUCCACCGUCCGGAGCAAACAAGCGCCUGGGAACGAUUUUUCUCGUCUCCCGUGAAAUUCCUAGCGGGAAAUCUGUACCGUCUUCUGGACAAUCCCUGUUUACGUGACUACGACUCGAGAGGAAUACGUGUGGUUUGUGUGUCUGAUACUCAUAAUACACUGCCUGCGUUGCCAGAUGGUGAUGUUCUUGUCCACGCCGGCGAUCUCACACAGUCAGGGUCUCUAGAGGAGCUCAAUGCACAGAUUGAGUGGCUUGACAAGCAACCUCACCGCUACAAAGUCGUCAUUGCAGGCAACCAUGACCUAUGUUUGGAUCAGCAUUAUCGUACCAAAGCUUCGACAAGCACCUCUGGGGAAAUGCCCGUGAAUUGGAAAUCCCUGAUUUAUUUGCAAAAUAAUCUCACCACUCUUGAUUUCGGUACUCGCCAAGUUAAAGUUUUCGGGAGUCCUUAUACCCCCAAGCAUGGAAACUGGGCGUUUGAAUACCUGCGCAUGGGUCCUGAUCCUUGGGAGGGGAAUAUACCAGCAGAAACCGAUAUUCUAGUGACUCACGGGCCCCCAAGGUCGCAUUUAGACCUCGGACACCUAGGAUGUCAAUAUCUCCUUCAAAGCCUUUGGUCGAUGAAGAAUAAGCCGUUGUUGCACGUCUUUGGCCAUAUCCAUGGAGGCUAUGGUAGAGAGACACUGUUGUGGGAUUCAUUCCAGGAGACGUAUGAGCGAAUGAUGAAUCGGCAGUGCAGCUGGAUGAACCUGUUGAAGCUGGUCUACUAUGCAGUAUCCAGGAUUCUCUCCUCUCGCGUCUGUCCAAAGGGAAUUCGGACAGUGUUGGUAAAUGCGGCCACAAUAGGCGGGUUGCGAGAUGAGAAGAGAAGAGAGCCUAUUUCCGUAGUAAUUUAGUGCAGUGCGAGCUUUCGGAUCCGUUGAAUAUUAUGUUGAAUUCCACACCUGGGUUGCGUGGGUUUGGGGCCUUUUAUACUAGUACCAGUGAGUACAUUCGACAUACUGAGUCUGGACUUC